CGCGUCGUCACCGUCGCAAUAUGGCCACGUGUUGAGGAAGUGCGGUGUUUACGUGACGACAAGGCGCCCGAUUUACGCCUUGUUGACGUCGCGAUUGGGCUCGUCGAUUCGAUGAUUCACGCCGCGAGAUAUCGCCGCUCGGUCGCCAUGUGUCCGUAGUAGUGAUCCGUUGACGUGCUCGGACGUGUGCGCGUUAAUUCGCGGUAAGCAUGGCGGCGGGCGCGGACGAGCCCCAGGUCGUCAGGUGCGCCUACGGUUGUCAGGAUGCCACCUGCUGCGUCACCGGCAAUGUCGACGGACCCGGUGGCGAUGGGACCGCGACGAGUCGCUCCGUACGGACUUACCGGCCACACGGCAACCUCGCCAGGGUGCUCUACGACAAACGGAAGGCGGACGAGUGGCUGGCAGCAUACGACAAGCGCAGGUGGUAUAGAGUAGACAAAAGCAAGAUCAGAGAAGAUUUGCUGGAUCUAUGGGUUCCACUCGGCACCGGUCCCAAUGCCGACCAACCCGACAAAGCCGCCGAAAUUUUCCUCGUGAGAUCCGCGGAGAGAUCCGACUCGUUACCUCUGCAAGCUUGGCACUCGUUAGCCCGGUCGGCGUUAUCCUGGUUCAUCAGUCGAACGUCCAUAAACGGAUUGCUCGGCCGCGGUUCCAUGCAUGUGUUCUCCAGCGAGCAAUUUCAAAAGCUAAUGGACGCAAGCGGCUUCACGGGCCCCUGGCAUUCCUUAGUGGACCUCGGGGCAGGUGAUGGCGCAACCACCGCCCACGUGGCGCAUCUCUUCGAGAAGGUGUAUGCCACGGAUAUUUCACCCCCCAUGAGAUGGGCCCUGGCGAAGAGGAAAUUCACAGUACUCGAUGUGGAGAGAUGGCACCAGGAAGCCGGCCCCUUUAAUGUCAUUCUCUGUCUGAAUCUUCUCGACCGUUGCGACCGUCCAAACACCCUGCUGAGGCUACUGAGAACUUCGCUGGCUCCUGGCGGCAGAUUAGUCGUCGCUCUGGUAUUGCCGUUCAGUCCCUAUGUCGAGGUCGGUGAGAGGGGUAAUCACAAACCGUCGGAGUAUCUGCCGGUGCGAGGAAAUGGACUCGAGGCUCAAAUAGCCGGACUAAUCGACAGAGUUUUCGCUCCGGUGGGUUUGCGAUGCCUUGUCUGGAGCAAACUGCCGUACCUCUGCGAAGGUGAUCUGGGACAGUCGUACUACUUCCUGGACGAUGUGAUCUUCGUUUUGGAGGCGCAGCCAGUUAAUACACGAUCCUGCGAAUUUGUCGCGAUAGACAAUAGCGUUUCGUUGCAAAAAAACUUUUAGUCUUUAAGGCCUAGCAAACUAUGCGGAAGAGAUUGUGAAUAAAGAAGACAUUGAAGGAAAGAAGGGGUUUGAAAGGUAUAAAUAAAGAAAUAAGAGAAUAAUACGCGAAACAAUCCUUUCACACUUGUAAAAACUUUAAUAAUUGCUGUCAUGAGUUAGAAUUAUGCGAGAAUACAGAAGAGCAAUACUGGCAAGCGACGACGAGCUUAAUGUGCAGACACAGCGGUUAGCGUUUGGUGUACGAAUAUUGAUUGGCGAUCCGAGUUUAAAAAGGGAACAACGGAUCGGCACAACAGUGCGCAUUUUACAAUCGUUUAUCAUCUUACUGUCGAAUUCGGUGCGGAAACACGGUGUACACGGUUUUCUAUGGUAUAGAUAAUAACGAGAAUAACGAGAUCCGGAAACAAAAUCUGUAUUUCGUUUUCUUUUAUCCUUUUCCUUGUUGCUCGACUCCGUUCGAGAACAUCCCUCUAAAAUUCAAAUCUUUGUAGUAUGUCUCGCUAAUUAUUUAUAAUGAUGAACAAUUAAAUGAACAAAAAUCGUGUUCUCAAAGAAGAAUAUUAAAAUUAUUCUAUGUAUAUAUGUGUGUGUGUGUGUGUGUAUAUGUAUGUGUGUGACAGUGACACUAUAGCGAUAAAAUUAAUGAGUCGCAGUGACACUACAACGAUCAAGUUAAUCUUUACAAAACGGGUAACGAAUCUUUUUAGACUUUAAAAUGAUAAUUUAAUUUAAAAACAUAAAACGCCGCGCGAGGCGACGAUAUCAUUAGAUUCAAAGUCUAGAACAAAUGUAAAAUGGAGAGUAAAAAACCUACUGCAGUCUUAUAACUUUUGCUUUGAGAAAAUACACUUCUCCUCACAUAUUUUGAGCAAUUGCAUAAUUGUGUUCAAAUAAUUAAUAGGCGAAGAUAGAUUAUAAGUUUAUCUCGAACGCAGUCCCCAAUAUAUGUCUCACGAGAUUCUAUUUUGUAUGUCAGAUCAACUCUUUUUAUCAGACUCUGUUUCCGCGCUCCUUUUUCUCCAUUUGGCAUAAGUUGCAGCGACUUAGUCAUGGAUAUGCUUAAUUGUGCAUUGGUUAUACGACCGACCAAUUGCAAGACAAACGAUAAUACGUUUGCAUUUCUUUUUUUUUAUGUAAUAAAUAACUACUAUAAGAAAUAAGUCUAUCUAGUUA